AUGGCCAAGAGACUCUCCCCCUUCAAUUUCACCAAGUUGGUGAUGCGGUCUUUCAUGGCCGAGUCCGGCCUGGAGCCCAGCAAUCUAACCUACUGCCCUCUUAUCCAGAACCGACUGCAAACGAUACACGGGGGGACGCUUGCCAGCCUCGUUGAUCUUGGAGGAUCUCUAGCGGUAGCUUCCACUGGACGCUUCGCAACCGGCGUCUCGACCGACUUGAAUGUGACCUACCUCAGCCCAGGCGGAAAGCCAGGUGAUGUCUUGAAGGGCACCUCCAUCUGCGACAAGAUCGGCAAGACGCUCGCAUUCACCACGGUGCAGUUUUACAACGGCAAGGGCCAGCUCGUUGCACGGGGCAGCCACACCAAAUACGUCGCGGGAACGUUGGGCCCGGAUGGAGCGUUUGUGCCGCCGCCCGAGUGGGCAGAUGAAGUUGACUAG